AUGCGCCUGGCCAAUCUUUACUUUGAGCAUGUCAACCCCCACAUCCCUAUUCUCCACCGAGGUGAUCUCAUGGGCAUGCUUCACAACGUCUACGAUGGCGACGAGGCGAAUACGACUUCCAGAGAGCUGUACAUCGUCAAUAUGGUGUUUGCCAUGGGCUGCGAUGUUACCGAUACGGUUGCGGACUCUCAGCCAGGGAAGCAUGACGAAAUGGAGUCAAAGCUGUCUUUGCUUGAGACUUCUGGAACGAACAGCACACCUGAGGACUACUACCUGAAGGCCAUCGUCCACCUGGAGGCUUGUCUAACUGGCACGAACGGUGGACUAGAGGUGCUACAAGCCAUCCUCAUGCUCGCCAACUUUGCACUGCUCCGACCAGUUCCACCAGGACUCAGGUACAUAACAGGUGUGGCCGUCUGUCUAGCGAUAGACCUGGGUCUUCAUCAGGAAGACAGCGAUGACGCCGAUGACGCCGACGCCCUCGACUCUGACAAGACUGCCCCGCGCGAAACCACGAGCAAGGGAACGAACUCAGAGCACGGUCGAUCGCAGUGGACCCGUGAUCUGCGUCGCCGCCUAUGGUGGUGCACCUACACUUUUGACCGCCUCGUGAGCACAUGCGUGGGCCGGCCUUUUGGCAUCAACGAGCACGCCAUCACAACUGAGCUGCCGUCAUUGCUGGAUGACGAUUACAUCACCGAGUCUGGGUUCAUUGAACCCCCGCAUGCGAAUGGCCCGAGCUACAAACAUGCUUCACAUCAUCACUUCCGCCUGCACCUGCUCCAAUCCGAGAUCGUACAGGUGUUGCAGUUCAACCAGGGGAAAGUCGCCAGAGCGGCAAAGAAGAGACGCAACUACUCGGCGCAAACAAAUACGCCAUGCCCCUUCAUAGCUCAUUUUGACUCUUUCGGGUCUUGGCUCGUGGACAUGGAGAAACGACUUCAUUUAUGGAGAGCCUCGACCCCCACCUCGGAAGAGACUGGAGUCGCCUACUCUACCCUGUUUCUAGAGUUGGGGUACUGGCAAGCGGUCAUACUCCUUCAUGGGAAGAGGGGAAGCAACCCUGCUCUGAAGAAGGCCCUGUACCGAAAGCAGAACGGGAGGAAAGCGGAUCGUGACGAGGAUACCGACCAGUCACACCUCAAAGUGGCCGAGGCAGGCCAGAAGGUGAUUCGCCUGUACCGGCAGCUGCAUCUCCAAGGGCUCAUCCGAUACACCUACAUAUCUACGCAUCAACUGUUUGUGGCAGGAAUGUCAUAUCUGGAGGCCAUUCAUUCCUCUGAAACGCUGCGAGGGAGAGUGACCUUGGACGAAGUCGACUUUACAGUUCUGGCCGCGAAAUCGGUGUUCGCCGAUAUGGAAGGGAAGUGCCCGCAAGCCAGCGCGUACCUCGACGUUUUCGAUCAAAUGGCGCGUGCAACCAUCAAGAUUGUCAGCGCCACGUCAAAACGGCAGGAGGAAAUCGCCCCCACGGGACUUUCGUCAAUGCAAUCCCCCUUGUCACGCCGAACACACGUUGACAACACGCCGCUGAGUCUCAGCACCGAGCAACCCUCCCUCACUCCAGCAGCCCCGCCAAAUCCUUCGCAACCGGCACAACAGCUCGCAAUGCCCGUGGUGACGCCCCUCAGCGGUUUAGAAAGCGCCGUUGACGGAUCCAAAGACAUCGGCUUCGACCCGUAUUGGGAUGAUGCGUUCAAUGGUGGAGGGGUGUUGGACACAUUCGAUGCGCUUUUCUUCGGCUCAUAG